AUGGCUCUACCUGUCCCUAAAUGUGAGGGGAAUGUUAGAGCAGCAGUUGAUUCUGAAGCGAGGGUAAUUAAAUGCCCUUCGGAUCAGUGUCCGGAUAAUUAUGAAUGUAGUGAAAGUAAAUGCUGUCCGGCAAAUAAAAAAAUUGUUUGUAAUGUGGAGUAUGAUACUGGACGUUAUGCCUUCCAAGGAUCACACACUCCAAGAUUUUUUUAUAAAAAAGAAGUAAAUAAUUGUUUAUUAUUUACUUAUUAUGGAGCUUUGGGAAAUGCAAAUAAUUUCGAAACAUAUAAUGAUUGUAUUAAAUAUUGCAAAGAAUAA